GGCGGGCUGGAAAAUAGCUUGCUGAAAGGCGCGGGGUUGCAGGAGUGGCGAGCUACCUUUUCCUGGAGUUGUUGACCGCCUGGCAUCCUCCGGUACAGGACAGGAAGGAGGGCGGUCGGCCGAGCGGGGUCCAGCGGGGCCAAGCGAAGCUGAGCAUCUCCUGGAGCGGCCCCCCCGUAAAGGGGAGAGAGAUGGCUGACCCUGAGAGCCGGUGGUCACAGAUUGGCAGGAAUAUCAAACUGGAAGGACUGUCUGAUGUUGCCUUUAUUUCAACUAAACUUCAAAACACCCUGAUCCAGUAUCACAGCAUUGAAGAAGAUCAAUGGCGAGUUGCUAAGAAAGUGAAAGAUGUGACAGUUUGGAGAAAACCCUCAGAAGAGUUUAAUGGGUAUCUAUAUAAAGCUCAGGGAGUUAUGGAUGAUGUGGUCAAUAAUGUAAUAGACCAUAUACGCCCAGGGCCCUGGCGCUUGGACUGGGACCGGUUAAUGACUUCACUGGAUGUUUUGGAGCACUUUGAAGAGAAUUGUUGUGUGAUGCGUUACACCACUGCUGGGCAGCUUUUAAAUAUUAUUUCCCCGAGAGAGUUUGUUGAUUUCUCCUACACUGUGGGCUAUGAAGAAGGACUUUUAUCCUGUGGUGUGAGUGUUGAGUGGAGUGAGUCGAGACCAGAGUUUGUCCGUGGCUAUAACCAUCCCUGCGGCUGGUUCUGUGUUCCACUCCAAGACAGUCCAAACCAGAGUCUUCUCACAGGCUAUAUCCAGACAGACCUGCGUGGCAUGAUCCCCCAGUCUGCAGUAGACACAGCAAUGGCAAGCACCUUAGCCAACUUCUACAGUGAUUUGCGAAAAGCUCUACGCAAGGCAUAAGGCGUUCAACUCCUGUUGCCGUGGUUUGCUGACUCCUCUCCCCCCCCCCCCCAGCUCCAUGACCUAUAGAAGCCAUGUUCCUGCCUGCCGUGGCCUGUGGAAACACUGGAGGUCUUGUAGGGGCCAUAGGACAGUCUCAAUUUCUAUUAAAAGUAAAUGGCUAUAUAAAUAGGGCAUUUACAAUUUCUUAAAAGUCUUAUUUGCACCUUGUUUGGUUGUGAAAUGAAAUUCCAAGAUUUAGGUCCAGGCUAAGUGUAGUCUAUUCACACGGGUCAAAUAGAACCUUAGGAGGACGCUUUGGGUUGCUUGGAAAUUACAGAGUGUGCAAACUCAGUGCUAUUCAUGUUCUUCUGGAGCUUUUUGAACAUUUUGUAAAAUUAUAAUGGCUCCUAAUGUAAAUGUGCAUUUCUCUUGGUAUUUGCCAGUAGCUUGGACAAAAGGAAGUUCUCCACAGUCUGUGAAGAUGAGUCCACUGUCGGUUGACUUGUGCUAUCUUAAGUAUUAGGAAGACCACAGGGGACAAGAAUGGCACAAUUCAAUAGAGUUUAACUUUGAUAUGUGAAAAACGUUCUUCUGCAAAGUCUGUAAAACGUAUUUGUGUCCUUAUGUGCAUUUAUUCUGGGAGUGACUGAAAAUAGCCAGGUCUGCUCUGGUGACAUCACACUGAGCAGUAGCUGUCAUUGAAGGAACCAGCAAAAGAUCAGUGCUAAAACGUCAGAUUCAAUGACUAUUCUAUACAUACUUCAACAUGAAGCUACAAACUGCAUGCUAAAAGAUUCAGUUUUGAUGUAACUUCGGUCUGGAUUCAGCCAAGUGCUUAGAUGUCCUGGAAUGACCAGGAUGAACUGUGAAUGAAGCUGUCUUAGGUGAACAUUACUUCAUGGCUAUGACAUUCCAAAUCAUUCUUUGGCUUUUGAAUAUCUACCUAGUUUAUUUGUAAAGUGGACAUCUGAGGUGACUUUGUGUUUGUGUGAACACGCAGUGCUCAGUGAUGCAUGCCAUUUCCAUGUAUGUUGUUAUUUCUGCUCCUCCCUGGCCUUAUGUAUUUCCAUUUCCUUCUUUUGGUUGGUUGGUGGGUAGGUGGGAGAGAGGGGGUUGUGUUUCUGUUUUGGCAAAUCUGGAGUAACGUGAGCUCUGGCAAUAACUGCAGGCAGGCAAGCCACAUGGGCCUUCCCAAGUCUGGUGGUUCACUGCAUGAGAGAAGGGAUCAAAGGCAGGAAGGUCAGCUCUUCAGUUUAUAUUAGUUUCUUUUUCUAAAAGUGUAAAGUCAGGUCUUUACAUCCAUUUGACAGUCAAAAAAUCGAGGCUGGCUUUUCUCUUUUAAAAUUUUUUCUUGCAACUGGUGAUGGAGAUACACACAGAACAAAGGCGCAGGGUCAGCGUUCUGGUGGGUGAGCUCAUAGCUCUUGGCUUGAAAUAUGGCUUCCAGGACCUGCCAGACACAGUUCCUCCGCAGAGGGUUGCGGACUCAGUUUGUUCAUUGCUAAGUUCCUUGCCUGGCUUUAUUUUAACUACUGAACUGCUGGAUUUCGUCUCUUCUCUUCAGCAAUAGGGAAAGAAAAUGGACUUGAGAGUGUCCAGUGAAGAUUGUGAAUUGUUAACUGUCCAGUGUAUCUUCUGUGACUUGAUCUGUUUUUAUUAGUGUGGAGCAGGUCUCAUGUACCCCACUAGUCUGUCCAUGAUGAUAAAGUGACAGGAGCCUGGGAAAAGACUUUGUACCAACAUUGGAUGCUGUCAAGGCUCUCCUUGCCUGAGCCGAGGUCUCUACGGAUCCCACACUUGCCCAGUCUCUCUUAGCUAGACCCCCAGUGAGUGAUGAGAUGAUUCACUGCCGAGCAGGGACGCACUGCAAGCAAAACAACCCUCGUGGAAAUGUUUUCAUUGCCAUUGUGAGUUUCACAGUAGGUUCCAAAGUUACAUGUGAGCUGUCUGAAACCUAUGUUCAUUAAUGUAGAGGUCACGUAAUCUACAGUUUACCUGUGGCAAAAGUGUGAGUGUUCUUUACAAGAAAAAAAAACAAAAAACAUUUGAAGAGUUGUGUAGCCAUCACCACAGCUCAGUUUAGAACGUUUCUGUCACCCCAAAAGAUCCUUUUUUUUUUUUUUUUUUUUUUCUGUAUACACUGUGUAUUGUCAUCUAAGCAGCAUGUACCCAAGUUGCCAGUAUAGGGACGAGGAUGAAAAGGAUGACAUCAGCACUUGCUAGGUUUUACUUCUGAGAGAAGAGGGGUGUGCGGGGUGGGGUGUGUGGGUGUGUGCGCGAGUGCGAAUAUAGAUGUGCGUGCAUGUGGGUGUGGACGUGCAUGUGUGCAAAUUUAAGCUCAGGAACAUUUACAAGCUUUAAGUGUGUUAUCUCGAGUAUUGUAAUAUAAAAAUGAUGUGAAAUGAGGAUGGUAUUGCAUACAUAGAUCUGCUAUUUUCUAGAGCAGUCUUAUUGCAGAAAAAUAAUAUAAGCCAUAUAUGUAAUUUCAAGUAUCCUAGCAGAGGCUGGGAGAUGUUAGUAGUGAAAGAGCGUUUUUUGCUCUUGCAGAAGCACCUGGGGGGUGGGGGGUGGGAGGGGGCAGGGCUGACAGCAGUCCAUAACUCCAGUUCUGAAGGAUCUUGUGCCCUCUGGCCUCUGCAGACACUGGCAUGUACACAGUACACAUACACACAUCCAAAAAAAAAAACCACUCAUUCAUAGAAAGAGAAAACACACAGCUGAAACUCAUUUUAGCAAUGUUUUCUUUGACACUAUAUCCAAAGUAUUUCAGUACACAGCUGAUGUAAAAGGUACUGCGAUAGCUCAUGGUGUCUAUUAACUCUUAGGAAUAGGAUGGGUAUUCUGUGCUGGGACUUGCCACAUGACAAGCACUCAUUGUCCGCAGGAGGCCUGCGGCUGUUAUCAUGGCUCACACAAGCCUACAGUACCUUUCAUUUGCUGUAAGAUGAAGUGGACAAUUCCUGAAUUGCUCUCCUCAGCAGACUCUUUUAUAGCCGAGCACUUUCAGUGCUGGCUGCACAAGGUGUCUGCUUUAGCAAUGUACAUAAAUAAAUUACUGAUUUCCAGUAAAUUUAAAAAUUCUUGCCUCAGAAUUAUUUUCACUAAAAGUAACUUUUGAUAGGACAGUGAAGGAGAAGAAAAAGUAUAACCUCUCACGUUACCGUGCAGAUGAGCAUUUCCUGUAGCUUACAGCUUGCUGAGGAAAUGCGUGUACUCUGGAAAUACGUGCCCUAGUGUCAUGUUUGGGAGACACUGAUCUUUUAAGAUGAAAUGAGUUUCAUGUAAGUGACAUUUUGGUAGGAAAUACUGGUUUUUAUUUUAAGAAAAAUCUUGCUUAUUCUUCAAUGAUUAAAGCAAUACUCAGCAAAAACAAUAGUUGUAGUAUUCUUAGAUUUCUGUGCUAAAAACCACUGGAGUAUUAUCUUAUAAAUAUCAGGAUUUCUUCCUUGUUCCAUGCACACAAUAGGUGUAUUUGAAACUGGGGGUUUUCAAGUAUAAAACUAUAUCCUAGGAUGUUUCCCCUUUAUCUUCUUUUCUUUUCUACUUGAGGAUCAUUUGACUGAUACUUAGUGAACUAAACUAAUGUCUCAAGGUUAAGACUGUACCUGAGGUUCUGGAGAAGCAGAGACCGCGCGCCAGUCUUUCUCACUCAUCUCUCUAUUAGGUCUGAGAAAUCCCCUUUGCUGUGGAUGGCAGUUUUGUAUGUUUAUGAGAGCACAGUGGCCUCUUUAGGACCAGAUGCUAAAUUAAAUGGCUGUUGUAGACUUCUGAACCAACAAAGAGAAGCUAACAGAACCAGAGAAGCAGAUGGAAAUCUGGAUUUGAUGAGGACUCCAUUAAAAGUUACAUGCACGAUUGUCCAGGCCUUUCCACCCUUCCUUCUUUUCCUGUGGUACAGAGGCCUGGUGCAUGCUGGGACUGAGCUACACUUCUGGCCCUGCAGUGAGCACAUGGGACUUGUAAGAGUAUAGGGUGGUAAGAUCUGAGCAUAGAAGAAACGUGAGCUCCUCCUGCAGCGCAGGACUGGAGUUACGGUUUUGUCAGUCACUUUAAUUCCAGGGAUUGUACAAGUACUGCUGUGUACUAAAAUUCAUCUAUUGCAGUCCAACAAAUGAUGUGUUUGUUAAGAUCAUUUUUAGGAAAUUUAUUUUAUGAAUCUGUAUAUGGAAUUAGAAUAAAGGACUGCUGAUAUAAAUGAGAUGUAUAUUUUUAAAUUACAGUGGAGUAUAUCUGAAUAAAGAUUUCUAGACACUCUUGUUACUGA